AUGCCGAAGACUCACGACUCCCGCCUGAUCAAGCUGGUCGGCCGGAUUCUCCAUCACGACUUCCACCAUCAUGGUUCUCAAGACGAUUCUGAUUCCGACAGCGGCGUUGCCACACCCGAAUGGCUGGGUCCUUACAGAGUUCCGUCUUCAACGUCCUCCAGCUUCUCUAUCCCAAAGGGCAGCGGACGCGACAAGAGCAUCUCCAUGGACCUGUGGAAUGAGGCCUACAACUCCCUUCGAGAUAGCACGAGAUCAGCCGGCCUUGUCACUGUCUACGAGUCCAUUUUGUGCCAAGAACUGUCGCACGGACAGUCAAUAGGUGGUCUCAACCAGACCCUGCCCCGGUCUGACAAGGAGCGGUUCAAGGCUCUGAUCACAAUCACCGAGUCUGGGCUGAAAAGGUCUCGCGGGACCAAAUCCCAAGCCAAUACCUGUGCAAAGGCCAUAAUCCGGACUGCUGGGAAGACCAUCAAGAGCGUGUGGGCGACAUAUCCUUCCACGGCAGUCGCCUGGUCGGGCAUCUGUAUUUUAACUCCGCUUCUUCUUGGCCCGACAAUUGAGAUUGAAGAGAUGAAGCGCGGCGCCCUGCACGUCCUUGGACGCAUUCCCUGGUACAUGCACCUUUCCGAGAUUAUGCUCGCCAGCGCCUGGAAGAACGACUUGGACUUCAACGCGAAGCGCGAUCAGACGAGAGACCGACUGCUGCAGCUGUACCGCAAAGUGCUGGAAUUCGAGAUGAACUGCGUCUGCGCGGCCGCCAGCAGCUGGAACAUUGCGGCCAAGAACAUUGUUGGGUGGCAUGGCUUGGGGGCGAUCGUGCGCGAGAUCGAAGAGCUGGACAAUGAAAUGACGGCUCUCAUGGUCACGUACAUUGACAGAGGCGUGGCAGAGAAUAUCCUGCGGUUUAAUGAGGAUCUGAAGCUGGAUGCUGAGACGGGCGAGGCAGAGCCGCUUAAGCCGGACUCAAGCCACGCGGCAAACGCCAUGAAUGAGCCCAAUGCAGUGCUGAGCCCCUCGACUGUGCGAGUCUGA